AUGAAAUUUUAUGGAGAUCCAUCAAGCUGUGCCAAUGCUGUUGAUCUCACCGUUCGCCACAUUCAUCUGGAUUGGAAUGUUAGUUUUGAGAAGAAAUUAAUUGAAGGAACAGCAUUUUUGGACUUGGAGGUGUUGAACAACACUGAGCACAUUGUAAGUUUUGUUUUCUUUAUAUUGCUGUUGGCUUUUAGGUAAAAACGAAGUAAAACGGCUCGAGGAAGGUUUAUGAUGAAGAAGAAAGGCUUGUUUUAGAUUUUUUAAGUAUAAUAUAGUUUUUGGAAGAUUGAAAGCUAAAUAUAUGAUCUAUAUUUUAGAAUCUCGACUCUCGGGAUCUUGAGAUUGUCUCCGCCAGCUUGGGAGAUGCUUCUUUGAAGCAUAACAUUGAGAAUAAUGGUGCUCUUGGUCAAAAAUUGGUUGUAAACUUUGGGAAGACCUUGGAGAAGGGAUCUAAAGUGUAAGGGCAUUUACACCUUGAGUUUUUGUUGCUAAAUAUCAAUUAUAUUGUUGUAGGGGCGUGAAGAUAUAUAAAUAUUGUUUUUAAAGUUAAAACAUAACUUUUUACACUUUAUUUUCAGAAAACUUGCUAUUGAAUAUACAACAGGAAAGAAUGGCGCGUCUGCUUUGCAAUUUAUCGACCGAGAGUGCACUGCUGACAAGUUGAAACCUUACUUGUACAGUCAAUGUCAAGCAAUUCACGCUCGUUCCAUUGUGCCUUGCAUGGACACGCCGUCUGUCAAACAAACUUAUUCGGCUAAUGUAAGGUUUUACAUUUUUUUAUUGUUUCAGGUACUUAAUAUGAUCAGUGGGUUCUUUUUUUGAAAGUGAGAGUGAUAUUGUACGUACUAUAAUAUUGUUAAAGUGUCAAAAAUCUGUUCUUGUUUUUGGACGAGCAAAUAAGUUUAAAAAUCUUAAUUUUAGGUCAAAGUUCCAAAAGGUCUGACUUGUCUAAUGAGCGGUUUAGCCGAUGGAUCUUCAACAGAAGAGGGAGAUCUGGCCUUGUUCAAGUUUCAUCAACCAAUCGAGAUACCUUCUUAUCUAUUGGCUAUUGUUGUUGGAGCUUUGGAGAAGAGAGAUAUCAGUGAGCGUUGCGCUAUCUGGGCCGAGCCUAGCUGGGUAGAGAAAGCACGAUGGGAGUUUGAAGAUACUGAGAAGAUGCUGCAAGCAGCCGAAGAAUUGAUGGGCAAGUAUGAGUGGACUAGGUAAGGAAAAUACUAGAAGAUAGGAAACAACGGUUUUUUAAUUUUAGGUAACAAAUAUAAUUUUUUAUGACUUACCGGUAUUAAAAAUGCUUUUUUUGGAAUUUUAGGUAAAAAAAUUAUUUUUUGGUUAUAUGUAAUAAAAUCUAUUUUUUUAGCAUUUUAGGUAAUAAAACAUUAUUUUUUCUACUUUAGUUAUCAUAAACGUAUUUCAGAUACGAUCUAGUAGUUCUACCUCCAUCCUUCCCAUUCGGAGGUAUGGAAAACCCCUGCCUAACCUUUGUAACCCCCACUAUCAUUGCUGGUGAUCGUUCUUUAUGCAACGUUAUUGCUCACGAGAUUGCUCAUUCAUAUACAGGCAACUUGGUCACUAAUGCCAAUUGGGAGCACUUUUGGCUGAACGAAGGCUUCACCGUCUUUGUGGAGCGUAAGAUUCUGGGCCGGCUGUACGGUGAAGAAGCACGUCAAUUUGACUGCCUAUGCGGAUGGGAGGAUCGUAUGUUACCGUGCAUUAAGGAAACGUUCAGUCCAGUUCAUGAGUAUACCAAGUUGAUCCCAAGACUGGUCGGGGUGGAUCCGGACGAUGCUUUUUCGACCAUACCUUAUGAGAAGGUGAGGUUUUAUGUUUUUGAAUGAAGUUGGGGAAAAUUUUCAAAUUUUUAGGAAUUUUUCGAAAUUUUUUAAAAUUUUUAAAACUAGUAAACUAUACUUACCUUCAAUUUUUUAGGGAUCAGCCUUCUUACUCUACCUAGAACAACUCGUGGGUUCAAACCAACGCUUCGAAGAGUUCCUCCGAGCUUACAUUCUAAAGUAUCGUAGACAAUCGAUAAUCACAGAUGAUUGGAUCUCCUUCCUGAAAGAGUAUUUCACAGAUAAGAAGAAGGAGCUGGACGAGGUUAACUACGAUGGCUGGCUACGUACUCCAGGAGUACCGCCAAACAAGCCAACCUACGAUGAUCAUCUGGUUGAAGAGUGCAAGAAUUUGGCUAAGAAAUGGGGAACGGCCGAAGUAGAGGAGCUGAACGGACUGAAGUCGGAAGAUCUGUUGAAAAUGACAUCGGAUCAACAGGUCAAGGUGCUGGAUUGUAUUGAAACGGUAGGGGUUUUGAUUGAGAAAGGAAUUUUAUACUAAUUGUACUUCUAUACUUGAGGUUUAAAAAGUUUUUUCAUUUUGAUGACUAAUAUACCAUUUCAGGGCUACACACUAUCACACGAACGGGUCGCUUUAAUGGAGCAAAAGUACAAGUUCUCGUCCUCUGGCAACUCGGAGAUUCGUUUUUCAUUUUUGUUAAUAGCUUUGAAAGCAAAAUGGGUACCAAUCAUCGAAAAGGCACUCGAAUUCGUGACUGAAGUUGGUCGGCUUAAAUUUGUCAAGCCUAUUUACAGGUAAUUUGGAAAAAAAUAUUUUGGUUGUAAAAAAUUGAAAAAACCAUUUUUUUUAUGAAAAAAAAUUGAAAAAGUACCCCGCCUGAAAAAAAUUGGAAUAACACCCUUUCAAUGGAAAAGACACUCCUCCUAUAAAAAAUUGAAAAACCACCCCUCCCAUGAAAAAAGUUUUGAAUAUUUACUCCGCUCGAAAAAAAUACUGCCUGCACUCAAUUUUAGUAUAAAACUUGUAUUUCAGAAAGCUAUUCGAUUGGGCCGAAAGCAAAGACAAAGCCCUUGGAACCUUUGAGAAGAACAAACAGUUUAUGCAUCCGAUCACUGUCAUCGUAGUCAAAUCCCUCUUAAAGUAA